AUGCAUGAGAUAAUUACCCUGCAGCUGGGCCAGCAGAGUAACUACCUGGCCACGCAUUUCUGGAAUACCCAGGAAUCAUAUUUCACGUAUGCCGAAAAUGAAGAGUCUGCCAUAGAUCAUGAUGUGCAUUGGCGCCCCGGGCUCGGUGCCGACGGCUCCGAGACUUUUAUGCCUCGGACCGUCAUCUACGACUUGAAGGGUGGCUUCGGCUCUCUGAAGAGGAUCAACGCCCUUUAUGACAUCCAGGACGACGAUCCAGCACAGUCCUCGUCCUUAUGGAAUGGUCAGGCGGUGGUUCAAAAGGCCGAGCCGAUCGAGCCCAGCGCGUACCAGCAGUCUCUGGACGCAGGCCUCGAGCCCCCCCAGCUGACGACCGAAUCGGUCCGCUACUGGUCCGACUUCAACCGCGUGUUUUACCACCCCCGGAGCAUCGUCCAGCUAAACGAGUAUGACUUGAACUCGAGCAUCGCGCCAUUCGAGAGGUGGGACUCGGGUGAGGAGCUGUUUGCGAAUCUGGACAAGGAACACGACAUUGUCGACAGGGAUCUGAGGCCGUUCGCCGAGGAGGCAGAUCACAUGCAAGGGAUCCAGAUCAUGACGACUGUGGAUGACGCGUGGGGUGGAUUCGCGUCUCGAUACAUCGAGAGGCUGAGGGAUGAGUACGGAAAGACUACUAUCUGGGUUUGGGGCCUACAAGAGGGAUUCCAGGGCGUGAGCAGGGACAAACGACUUCUCCGGCUAGUCAACAAGGCCAAGUCGCUCACAGAGAUUUACAAACAAGCCUCGCUCCUUGUUCCCAUAGCAAUUCCAUCUUCGCUCUCGCCACGGCUCCGCAAAGUCCUCUCGCUGGACACCAAUUCGUCAUGGCAUACCUCCGCGCUCCUGUCUGCAGCCAUAGAGUCCGCUACACUCCCCUCUCGCCUCAAAGACGCUACAAAUAGGGACUCCCUCGGGAACAUGACUGACUUGCUAAACCUGCAUGGCAAGCAGACGGUGGCCAACCUGCAGAUGAGCUUCUCCGAGACGACCGAGGUGCCCCGUAGCGAGGAGGUGGGCGAUGAGCCCAAAGACGGGCUACGUCUUGAUCUAGACCUCCGUCCAGCAGAUGACUUGGGCGAUGGUCAGAAGCAGCAGAACGGAUACCACCGCGCGCCAAAGAUUUUCAGCCAGGUGCUGGCGAGCAGAGGGGAGCGCGCGGGUGAUGAUGAGGAGGAAGGCGAUAGUGACGAGGAGGACGACAGGACGCGACGCCGAGGGCCGCGUGAAGCCAUAAGCAGAAAGUACCGAACCACGCUGAGCUACCCACUACCGGAUAGCUUCCCGCACAUCUUCAGAGACGAGAAAGGCGAGGAGCUAAAGAGCAAUGCGGCGAUGACGACAUCGCUGUCCACGGAUGCAGCGCUGUCUGGUCGGCUGAAAUCGCUGAGGUCGACGGUGACGAGGCUCAUCGGCGUGGAGGACCGGGAGACGCUGAGCAACGAGCUCGCCGAGAUGGCUGACGAGUAUCACGAGGGCUGGUCGAGCGGCAGCGACAGCGGAGAGGAUGACUAA